GACCCUGUACCCCCAGGUGGAAAGGGGCUCACUCUGAUGGGGCUGCGUGUUCUGAUUCUCUCCUGCAGGAUGAAGGUUCUUGACUUCCUCCUCCUCCUCUUCCUCCCGGUCCUGGCAAGGCUGGUGUGUGGCAGCAACCUGUGUCCUGUGGAUGACGCCAUCAACGAGAGACUGCAGAGUGUCGCCAGCUCCCUGCUUCACGGCAGCGGUGUGCGCCUGGACCUGGACUGUCGCACCGUCAAGUCUGGCGGCAACCUGGCCACCUGCCCCCCAGGGUUUGGGGUCACCGGCUGCGCCUGUGGCUUCGGCUGCGGGUCAUGGGACGUGCGCUCCGAAAAGACGUGCCACUGCCAGUGCGCGGGUAUGGACUGGACCGCCGCGCGCUGCUGCCGUCUGAAGAGCACCCCGAAGACCACCCCCUGA